CGCGAGCGGUUCGAAGAAUUCGGAAUUGAGAUGUUCCAAUUCUUUCAAAUAUAUAAUAACUUUUAUUACUUAAAUAAUAAAUAAAUAUUUAAUUAUUGCAAUAAAUAAAAAUGUUCCUUUGAAACGUUCUAAUCAUAGCGACAAACAAUUAGACCUGUUCAAAUAAUAUUAUACAAAUUUAUAAACACUUUAGUUACAUAAACUUUAAGAAGAAGAAAAAUGGGUAACGUAAUGAACUUUGCUGUUUCUGCAACCGAUGUAAUUAUACCACAGCAACGACAACCACAACUUUCAAAAGUUCAUCAUGAAAAACAUAAACCCGAAGGAGAACCUCCACCAGAGUGUCCUAUGCAUAAAUCAGCAGAGAAAAAAGAACCUCCUAAACAUAUUAGCGAAUGUCCAAUACACGACAUGAACAAAGAUGAUAUUAAUCCCCUCAACAUGAUGCCUGCGGCUAAUCAACACCCAGCGCCGGAUCAACCUUUUCCACUGCCCACAGACAGACAAGUUUCAUCUAUACCUAAAGCAACUGAGAAAACUGAAUUUUGGGUAUAUCCUUCUCAACAAAUGUUUUGGAACGCGAUGCUUAGGAAAGGAUGGCGUUGGAAAAAUGACGACAUAUCGCCUAAAGAUAUGGAUGAUAUUAUAAAGAUUCACAAUGCUAACAACGAACAAGCUUGGCUGGAAGUUCUCAAGUGGGAGGCGCUUCACGCAAGAGAAUGUAGUACUCCAAAACUGCGCAGCUUUGGUGGCAAAGCCACACAGUAUUCGCCGCGUGCGCGGAUUCGAUAUUGGAUGGGGUAUGAAUUGCCAUUCGAUCGUCAUGACUGGAUCGUGGACAGAUGCGGGAAAAAUGUAAGAUACAUUAUAGACUACUACGACGGUGGCCAAGUAGACGAAAAGUAUACGUUCGCUUUGCUAGACGUUAGGCCGGCUAUGGAUUCUUUGGAAAAUAUCUGGGAUCGCAUGCGAGUUGCAUGGAUGCGUUGGAGAUAUAGCAGCGAGUCUAAGGAAUCGGAGUACGCGACGAAAUCGCAAUAAGAAGAUUAGCAAAAAAUUAAAUAGAAUGAAGAAACGUUAGUUUCGUAAUUACAUGCUGGUUUUGUAAGUUACACGUUACGUUUUUAUUUAUAAAACAAAAGUUAUCAAAAAUGGCAAUGAUGAAAAUAAAAAUAUUUUUCAAAUUA